UCAAUUACUUAAUUCAUUGAUUGAUUGAUUAUGAAAAUGAUAAUCUAUAGAAUACGCCACUGUCGGUUAUAUGGCAAAACGAAUUCAAAUGCGAAAACAAAGAUUUAUGGCGAUCCAAAAGAUAGCUGAACAAAAAAAGCAGCAAAUUGAUGGUGUCCAACCACCGCCAAAUCCAAAUCCAAAUGUGGGGGAUCAUGGACAUGGGCAUGGUCAUGGUCAUAGCCAUGGUCAUCCUCAUGCGCCGAAACAAACAGUGAGUAACCGCCCAAUUGGCUAUUCAAAUAUCCAACAAAAUGUUGGUACUCGCGGUUGCUCGAUAGUGGGACCCUUGUUCCAGGAGGUGAGAUUUAAGGUGCACGAUCCAAAGGCUCAUUCAAAGGGUGGAACACUGGAGAAUACGGUAAAUGGUGGAAGAGGCGGACCGCCAGUUGGACCGCCAGGCCCUGGACCAGCCGGUGGUGGCGGCGGUAGUGGCGGCGGUGGAGGUGGAGGAGCACCGCCCGAAGGUGGAGACGCCGAAGCCGCAGUACCAUCCCAUUUAUUACACCCGGGCAAGGUAAAAAAAGAUAUCAACAAAUUACUCGGUAUAACGCCAUCGGAUAUAGACAAAUAUUCUCGCAUUGUAUUUCCGGUGUGCUUUGUGUGCUUUAAUCUUAUGUACUGGAUCAUAUAUUUGCAUGUGAGUGACGUUGUUGCUGAUGAUUUAGUGCUGCUAGGAGAGGAGUAAAAUAGGCGCCUACUAAAAACGCAACAACCACAAAAACAACAACGUCUGAAGAAGAAGCAGAAACAAAAGCAAAACGUAGUAUUGAGGAUGUUACGAUAUUGAUAUUCAAGCAUCAUCUGAAACUGCAAAUGACAACUGAGGCGCUUAAAUUAAUAUUAAUUUUAAUUAGAGCAAAUAUUUAUUAUAUAAAUUUAUAGUAAU